AUGAAUAUUAAAAAAGAAAAUGACAAAGAGGAUAAUGAAAACGUUGAAGUUUUUGAUGAAAUUUUAGAUAAAUCAUUUAUUGAAAGUUAUGAUCCAAGUAUUAUUGUUGAAAAUCAAGUUACAACUGAAACAAAUUAUGGAGAUUUUCAACAUUUAGGAUGUUAUAUUAUUUGUGUUUUAAUUAUAUAUGAAUUUCUACUUUUACUUUUAAUGGGAAAUAUAACAUUCCUUAUAUUUGGAGCUGCUGUUCCAAAUGUUAUUGGUUGUAUUGGUGAAAAUAAGAAUUAUACAUUUACAGAAAAUGGUUGUAUAAAAUUAUAUGAAAUACAAAAAAAUGAAUCCUGUAUACCUAUAAUUGAAAACCAAUUUGAAUCUAUACAAUCAGAAUAUAAUUUGUAUUGUAAAGAAGCAGAGAAUGUUAAACAAACAUCAGCAUUUUUACAAAUGUUUGCUAUGAUGAUUGGUGCAACAUUUGGUGGACAGUUAUCAGAUAAUUUUGGAAGAGUUAAAACAAUUAAAUAUUCAUUAUUUUUUAUAAUUAUAUGUUGUUUUUUAAGUAGUUAUGCUACAACAAUUGAAGUAUUUAAUAUAUAUCGUUUUUUGGGUUCAAUAUUUGUUGGAACAAAAUCAUCUGUUCUUCAUGUACUUUUAUUAGAAUAUUUACCAAAACAACAUCGUGUUUGGGUUUCAACAAUUUUUUCAUUUUCACCAAAUUAUAUAAUAUUUUCAUUUAUGGCAUAUUAUACAAAAAAUUGGAGAGAUUUAAUGUUUGUUAUAUCAUUUAUUGGAUUAAUUGGAUUAAUUUUAAUUAAUUUUGUAAAAGAACCUGUAAGAUGGUUAAUACAAAAAGGCAAAUUAAGUAAAGCACGACAAUCAAUGAUAUUUAUUGAAAAAUGGAGUGGUAAAUUAACAGAUAAUAUGGAAAAAAAAAUAUUUGACUAUAUUGAAGAAGAAAGUUUUAAACAGGAAGAAAGUCAAAGAAGAAAAAAAAGUUAUACAUUUAAACACUUAUUUGUUACAUGGAAAUUAACAUCAUAUUCAUUAUUUUUUGGCUACUCUGCACUUGUUGGUUGUUUUAUAAAUUAUGCUCUUAUAUUUAAUUUAGAAAAAGUAUCAGGAUCAAUUUUUAUGAAUACCGCCUACUUAGGCCUUAUUCGUUGGUUUUUUAAUAUUUCAGUUGGCAUAUUAGAUUAUUAUGUUAAAUGGUUUGGAAGAAAAACAUGUCAUACAUUAGCAAUGGUUACAAUAAUAUUAACAUUAAGUAUUGUUUUAUUAAAUAUAUAUUUUCCACUUCAACAACAGUAUAUUGUACGUUUUGCUACUUUAUUCGCAAUUUCAAUGUGUAGUCAAAUAUUUAUCGCAAACUCUGUUGCACAAACAGAAUUAUUUCCAACUUCUAUAAGAAAUAUUGCUGUUAGUUUUCAAGCUGUUUUUGCAAGGCUCGGUUCAAUAGUAGCACCAUUUUUAUUUGGAUUUCAAAGUUAUUCACUUACAUUACCAUAUCUUAUUAUGGUAACAAUGUCAAUUGUUGACUUAACAACUAUAUGGAUAUUAAUUCCAGAAACAAAAGGAGAUAAAUUAAAAGAUCAUUUACCAAAUAAAGAUGAAUGGAUUUUUGGUAAAAAAAAUAGAGAAUUAAAAUUAUUAAAAAAAGUUGAAUUAGAAAAAAAAUAUGGUUCAAGAUGUAAUUAA